CUUUCUUUUCUUUUUCUUUCUUUUCUCUUUCUCUCUCAAAUACACAUUUAUCCCUUUUGAACAAUUUUCUCGCUUUUCUUUCUAUUUUUUUUUUAUUUACUUUUCUUCAAUCAUACCUAUCAUGUCCCAUACCUCUACUACUACUAAUGACUCGGACGCAAAACGAUGGCUCAUUAUUGGCGCUCACCAAGCUGGUGCUUCAGAAAAAAGAGUGGCUCGUAUUUCUGGUCUCUCGAAAACGGCUGUUCGUCACAUCAUCCUCAACUACCAACGAACCGGUACUCCUUGUUUACCUAAACGUGAACCAAAAAAAGGUACAGCCAUUAUAAAAAAAGAAAAAAAAGGAAAAAGGAACAUUAUUUUCUUUAUUCAUCUUUCUCACAUUAACAAUUCUUUCAUCUUACUCCGUAUUUAUUUGUUUAUUUAUUUAUUUUUUUUUUAGUUAAAGAAAAACUGUUGGUUG